AUGUCACUCCGCAUCGCCCCCGCCUCAGGGCACCCGGUCAGCACCAGCAACACAAGCACCAACAAACUGCUCCCGUCCAACAAAUCCAACGAUCAAACAACACCGGACCGCGGGGCUCCCUCGGCUCCAGGCCUCCCCGACACAUUACGUUCCUCACACGCACACGACAACGGCAUCAAAUCCACCCACCCACUCGAAACACGCCUGGCCAACUGGACCGCAACACAAGAGUCGACGAGGAUGAACCUGUUACGGCGGAACUUUGGCAUCGCGGAGCCGCUGCGUCGGGGCAUGGAGCUGAAGAUGGUGCGGGAAGCAGAUUCGUUUAGGCCGAGCGUGUUGGGGGCUCCGAGUCGGGUGCACGAGGAAAUUUUGACAGGACGGGAUACAGAGAUUACGUGGGAAGAUGUGUACCAGGGGCAAGAUGGAUUGAGAGGCGCGAUGGACCGGGGUAUCGGUGAAAUCGGCGCCGGGUGGUUGGAUGAGAUAGAGAAGAAGGUAGGAAUGGGCAAGUGGUAA